AUGGAAGGAGCGCGUGAUAAUAUGAACCGUGUUCGUAACCAAAAGAAAAGGUUUGCAGUUGUUGGUUUCUCUUCCAUUCUCCUUAUCGCCGUGAUCGGAUCUGUCGCGGUCAGUUUAACGCGCAGCGGCUUAAGAGAACCAGGGGAACAAAAUGGAAAAAUAUUUACAACACAAAGGGAUUUUGAAAUGAGUUGUCUAUCAAACCCGGAUAAAUGUAAAACGAGAGUAGGAAAAAUGUUUAGCGGAGCAAGAAACCUAAAAGAACGUAUGAAAAAGGCAUUCAUUGAUAACGCCGGGGAGUUAAUGAAAAACAUAAACAAUCCAGCUCUUUCUAAUGAAUUGGUAAAAGACAACAUGACCAGACAAGCAAUGCGAAUUUGCAACGAAGUGAUGGAAAAUUCUGUUGAUGGAGUUAAUAAAUCUGUUGGGGAAUUAGACAGAUUUGAUUUCAGUAGGUUAAGAGACUUUGUUUUCGAUCUUAAAGUUUGGAUGACUGCUACACUUACAAAUCAACAAACAUGUUUGGAUAGUUUUGAGAAAGCAGACUCAAAAGCUAGUCAGAGAAUGGCUCAGGUUUUGAGCGCUUCUAUGAAAUUAAGCAAUAUUGCUAUUGAGAUGCUUAGUGCAGUUUCUGGAAAGCAUAAGUAUGUUGACCAAGUCCCAGGUGGUUUUAAUAGGAGGACUUUAUCCGAUGAAUCUAAAAAACUUGUUGAUAGUUAUCCUACAUGGGUUAGCGAAGGACAAAGACGUCUUCUUGCUGAUUCGAGCGUUAAGCCAGAUGCUGUUGUGGCGCAAGAUGGCAGUGGACAAUUUAAAACUGUCAAGGAAGCUCUUACGAAGGUUCCGGCGAAUAAUGCAAAACCUUUUGUCAUUUAUGUUAAGGCUGGUGUUUAUAAAGAGGUUGUUAAUAUUCCUCUAAAGAUGGAUUAUGUGACAAUCCUAGGUGAUGGUCCUACAAAAACCAAAUUCACAGGUAGCCUCAACUUUGUUGAUGGCGUCCUAACUUAUGAUAGUGCAACAGUUGGUGUGAAUGGUGCAAACUUUGUGGCGAAGGAUAUAGGCAUUGAAAACACAGCAGGACCGAGUAAAAAGCAAGCAGUAGCACUAAGAGUUUCAGGAGACAUGGCAGUAUUCUACAACUGUCAAAUAGAUGGUUACCAAGACACACUCUUCGCCCAAUCCCUACGCCAAUACUUUCGCGAUUGUAGCAUCUCAGGCCAAGCCAAUUUAGUAACAGCUGGUGGAAGACUCACAUCGAGCAGCUCAGGUGCACUUGUUUUCCAAAGUUGUCACUUCUCAGGUGAACCUGAAUUAGUAUCGAUGUCACCCAAAAUAUCAUUUCUAGGAAGACCAUGGAAAGCAUACUCCAGAGUUGUGAUAAUGGAUUCAGUUAUAGAUGACAUCUUUCUCCCCGAAGGUUACGAAGCAUGGAGUGGAAAUGCGUUUACCGACACAUGUACUUUUUAUGAGUAUAACAAUAAAGGUCCUGGCGCUGAUACGAAAGGAAGAGUCAAAUGGCAUAAUGUUAAAACUAUUACUGGCAAUGAGGCUGCUGAUUUUUACCCUGGUAAAUUUCUUCAGGUUUCUGGUUCACCUUGGAUGACGAGUUCUGGGGUACCUUGUUCCCUUGGUCCUAUGAGCGGUGGUUCUGCUGGUUCUGCGUCUUCGUCUUCUCCUGUUAUUGCGUCUGCACCUUCUCAGUCUUCUUCGCCUUCUUCAUCUUCUCCAGUUGCUGCGUCUGGGCCUUCUAAGUCUUCUUCGCCUUCUAAAUCUUCUGAAGAGUCUAAGGAGUCUAAAUCUUCUUCGCCUUCUAAGUCUUCUGAGAAGUCCAAGAAGUCUGAGGAGUCUUGA